CAGCAUCCUACAGAGCCCUGAGGGCAAAAUGCCCAUUGAAUCUAAUCCAAGAUGGACACAAGGCUGUGAAUUACCAUAGACCUGGAAGCUACAUCAUAAGCGGCAUCGUCUCUCCAAAAAUUGGUUUCUUUGAGCCGUUUGUUUUCUCCAAACCUCCUCAGUUGAAGCUUUAUAGUGAGUCACAAAUGAGAUUUUGGCAUGUGCUGUCCUUCUGGUUUGCCAUUCAGAAGAUCAGUCAGAAUUCUGGGUUCUCACCAAACAUCACCUUGGGCUACAAUCUCUAUGAGAACUACUCUGAUAAAAGAAUAACUUCUGACGCUGUGAUAGAUCUGCUCGCUGGUGGGAAAAGUAGUAUCCCCAACUUCAGCUGUGGGAAACCAAAUCCUCUGCUUGCUGUUUUGGAACGGGCUGACUCUGAAAUCUCCAACCAAAUUGCCACUCUUCUGGGCAUCUACAAAAUCCCACAGGUUAGUUAUGGACUGGCUCCUUCUCUUCAUAGUGACAAAACUCAAUUCCCCUUUUUUUACCGCAUGGUUCCAAAAGAAGAAACCCAGUACGAAGGGAUUGUCCAACUGCUCCUGCAUUUUGGAUGGACAUGGAUUGGCCUGUUUGCUCCUGAUAGUACCAAUGGGGAAAGGUUCACUAGGACAUUGACCUCCAUGCUGAUCCGGAAUGACAUUUGUGUUGCCUUCUCGAAACAAUAUUCCCGAAUGAUUUCCUACACCAGCACAUUCCAAAGUGUACCAACCACCCUGUGGAAGCAAGUCAACGUAUUUUUAUGUUAUGCAGACACAGACUUUGCUUUUGGUCCAAUUAUCCGCUUUCAUCAAAUCUUCAACAGCAACUUCGAUUCAACAGUGGGAAAAGUCUGGGUCACGACAGUUGUAUGGGACAUCAAGUUGAUCUUGGCUUAUGUGCCUUUUUUAUUCCAGAACAUCCAAGGUUCCUUCUCCUUAGACAAGUCAAGCAAAAGGGCAACAUUUGACUCUUAUGACCCCCGUUCCUUCUUCCUGGAAAAGUUUUGGAAAGAAGCAUUCUCUUGUUCCUACUCAAAGCUGGGUCUGUCAGUGAAAGGCUGGAGAAGAUGCAAAGAGAAUGGGAAUGUGGAGACCUUACCUCCCCAGGAGCUUGAAAGAGUCCUGUCCCAAGACAGAUACACCAUUUACAACACACUUAAAAUUGUGGUACAGGGUUUACAGGUUGCCCUUAUGUCCAGAUCCAGGAGGAACCCGGGGUCAAGUAAAAAUAGGUUGGAGGAUGCUUCCAAGUUGCAACCAUGGCAGGUUCACUAUUUCUUAAGAGGGGUCCAAUUUUCAAAUGAUUCCUCAAGCGGGCUCUACACGGACAAGGAUGGCGAAUUGGCGGCCAACUUUGACAUUAUGAACUGGGUGCAAUUUCCCAAUCGGACUAACGGCAGAGUGAAAAUUGGGAGCAUAGAGAAGGCAGCGGAGGCCAGACUCAAGUUCAUUAUCCAUCCUGAAGCUAUUUUAUGGCCCUUGCAGUUUAAUAAGAUCACACCUUAUUCCAGGUGCACCGAAAGCUGUAGGACUGGCUACACCAAGGCAGCUCGAAAGGGGCAGCCUAUCUGCUGCUAUGAUUGUGCCCCCUGCCCAGAAGGGACCAUUUCCACUCAGGAAGAUUCAGAUCUUUGCAUCCUGUGUGGGGACUAUCAGCAUCCAAACAAGGCUCAAGAUCACUGUGUACCCAAGAUUAUAUCUUAUCUAUCUUAUGAUGAAAAUUUAGGGAUCAUCCUUGCUUCCUUUGCAUUGUUCUUGUCCUUAGUCACAGGAUUUGUGUUGGGAAUUUUCAUUAAAUUCCUAGAAACUCCCAUUGUCAAAGCCAACAAUCGGGACCUCUCUUAUGUCCUCCUCAUCUCCCUCCUGCUUUCUUUCUUGUCCUCCUUCCUCUUCAUUGGCCAGCCAAACAAAGCCACCUGCCUUCUCCGACAAACAGCCUUUAGCAUCAUCUUCUCGAUUGCUGUCUCUUCUGUCUUGGCCAAAACAAUCAUGGUGGUGCUGGCUUUCCUGGCCACAAAGCCAGGGAACCGGGUAAGGAGAUGGCUGGGGAAGACUUUGAGCAACACCAUUGUCCUUUCUUGCUCCAUUGUCCAAAUUGUUCUCUGUACGAUCUGGCUGGGCUCUUCGCCCCCCUUUCCUGACUCUGAUAUGAACUCGCAACCUGAAGAGAUCAUCCUGCAAUGUAAUGAAGGCUCUCUUGCUAUGUUCUAUGGCGCUCUUGGCUACAUGGGCUUCCUGGCUGCCAUCUGCUUUUUGGUGGCUUUCCUAGCUAGGAAGCUGCCUGGGACCUUCAACGAAGCCAAAUUGAUCACCUUCAGCAUGCUGGUCUUCUGCAGCGUUUGGGUGUCCUUUGUGCCCACCUACCUAAGCACCAAAGGGAAAUACACGGUGGCCGUGCAGAUCUUCUCCAUCUUGGCCUCCAGUGCUGGGUUGCUGGCCUGUAUCUUUCUUCCUAAAUGCUACAUUAUUGUACUGAGGCCUGGUUUAAAUACAAAAGAGCAACUCAUGAUAAAAACGAGCCAUGCAGUGUAAUCCUUAGUAGCAGGCAUAUGUCAAAAUCUGGUCUAGCAAUGCAAUUUCCUCCUUAAAUAGAAUGAAGGAAAAAAUUUCCUGAUAGUUAGAACAAUCAGUGGAAAGGCUUGCCUCAAGGGUGAAAUGCUCCCAGUUCAGAUCGGAUCGCCCAAUCCAGUAGCGAUGAAGGCGGGUGGUUCGGAGAACCGGUAGCAAAAAUCCCUGCCCCUUUCCCCCCCUGCCAUGCCCAGCUGAGCCACACAAUCAUC